GACGACAUCAAAGUGCGCCGCUACUGCCUCCGCCGCCAUGAAUAGCGUAGGGGAGGCCUGCACCGACAUGAAGCGCGAGUACGACCAGUGCUUCAAUCGCUGGUUUGCAGAGAAGUUCCUUAAAGGGGACGGCUCCGGAGACCCGUGCACCGACCUCUUCAAGCGCUAUCAGCAGUGUGUUCAGAAAGCAAUAAAGGAGAAGGAGAUUCCCAUUGAAGGACUGGAAUUCAUGGGCCAUGGCAAAGAAAAGCCUGAAAGCUCUUCUUGAACUUGUCACCUUGAAAAUAGACUCCUCCAAUCAGGAAAUUGAGGACACUGGAUCUCAUCAAUUAAGGCCGUGAAAAUAGCCAUUGAUUUGAUGAGGAGUUUAGGAGGGAGUUUUCUUUUCUCCUUGAUUUCCUCUCACUUGUAAAAGAUGAUGAACCAUCACUCUUUGCUUUGAGAUGAUUUCUCACUCGUGCUGUGGCAUCUUGCAGGAACCUCACCUGCUAAAACUGAAUAAUUUCUUGGGAUUAUGGUUGCAAUAUUUGGUCUAGGAUCAGCUUUAAAUAUCCUUUGUAUGUAAAUACUGAUAAACCUGUCAGGAUGUUCAGGGUUGCCUGACCUCUUGAGUUUGCUUCAAAGGACAUUAGGUAGAUUGUACUAGGGUUAUUAUUAUUCAUGGAAGCAACUGGUUAGGAUCUCUCUUCUCUCAGGGAGCCAAGACUCUGAAAAGGGAUUCCAGAACAACGGUUUUAAACCGGGGAACGGUUUUAUUUAACAACUUUUAAGAUUGCUGGUGGACUGGGUUAGCCAAGAGGAAGACAGCCUUAAGAGUUCCUUGCCUUAAGAAAAGGUGUCAGAUUUCUGAUUAAGGUGUGAAAGCUUGGAGAAUGUUGCAGUACACACACCAUUUCAGAGCUCAUAGUAUAGUUUAGGAAUUAAGAUCCUUGGCCUAAAUUGCAGAGAUUUGCUGUUCCCAGCUUUCAGCCCAAGUCAAUUAAUUAGAUCUACCUAUAUUACCAUAAAACUGCUAAAAUGCUGCAUCUGGUUAAAUGGGACAAGAGUUUGUUUUAUCUGCUUUGUGUACCCACCCUGCCCUCCAAUGUCUGUAAUCAUGAAGACGGAAUAAAUUGUAACAUUUAGUUUCAUUAUUUGCCCCUGGAGAGCUCUGCACUUUACAGAACAAGUAUUACACUGUAACCCUAUAUAUCCCAUAUAUUGCGGGGGGGGGGGGGGGUGUUAUAAUUUAAAGGUGAAGAAAAAGUGAAGAUUUAUCUAAGGUAAAUAGUGUGCUAAAACAAUUAGAAACAUCAUUGAUUUCUAAAAUUUAUUCCUAGAGCAAGCGACGUAAAUAAUAUGCUUCUAUAACUGCACAAAAGAUGUCAGGAUCAGGUGAGCAUUUUACACACUUUGGAAAGUUAGGUAGUCACCAAAAUUGCAGGUCUUGAAUAAUUUGGUUCAAUGCUAUCCACCCAAUAUGGUAUAAAACAAUUUACAGAAGGUGGAAAUUGUAUUAUCCUCUCUCCUGUGGUUAGAUCACAAAAUGGUAAAGAUGGCAGGGAUCCUUUUUUUCUCUUACUAUAAAAGGCUUUCACACCCUGUUUCCAUAUGUCUCACCUUUGUGGUACUAGUUUACUGUAUGUACUAUGCAAUACCAAAACCUGGUAGCUUCUUGAAUCUUAGUAUAAAACCAGUUGAGCUUCAAGAAUAAAACACUCCAAGCCAACCAUGUUCUUUCAUUGUAAUUACUACUGAAGGAGUAAUUUUUUCUGAUUGUUCUUUUUCUUAAGGAGAGGGAGAGAAGAGAAUCUUAAAAGCAGGCUUCACAUAGCAUGGAGUCCAGUGCAGGGCUCAAUCUCACAAAUCUUAGAUCAUGACCUGAGCUGCAAUCAAGAGUUGGACGCUUAACCUACUGAGCCACCCAGGAGCCCAAUUGUUCUUUGUUCUAUUUUGACUUCAUCCUGCCCAUAAAGUGACUCCAACUAUCUCAGCUACUUCAAGAUUAAUUUUGAAGAGAAAUUAAGUGCUCUUUUAAGGGUGAUUUUGUUACUAUUACUAUUGUUUCUCCCUAAUUCUUAAUGCUACAGGAAGGUUUUAAAUCCAGAAACAAAUAAAGCUAAUGCUAUA